UUGCAGCAGCCAAGGAAGGUGCCCCUGGGCUGUGGGGAAUGGCGCCAAACGCCCAGAGGACACAAACUCCGGGUGUCUUCUUGUGGAGACACUACAGCUGUUUCAGUGUCACUCACCAGGCACAGAUGACGCUGGAGAGGGGCAACUGUGGAGGGACACAAAGAACCUUCCCUUCAGCAGCUCAGCUGAACCCUGGCCAAGUACGUGGGUCUAAAAGAGCUGUCCAUUUCACAGAGCAGGACACUGAGGCCAAGCAAGGAGGCACAUCCCCUCGGCCGCAGAGUUGGCAGAGCCGGGAUUCGAACCUGCCGCCCCGGGGAGGCCCGCGAUCCCUCGCUGGCGCGCGCCCCAGCCCUACCCGUCGUCCUAGAAACGGCCCGCGCACGCGCGCGCACGGCCUCCCGUUUUCUGCGAGCACCCUUGUUACUUUUUUUUUUUUUUAUAAUAAAAACACAAAGCGGCGGGAUACUGCCGGCGACAGAGCGUGCUGUCGAAGGACGCCGCUACGUCCGCUCUCCGCCCCCGGCCGCGGAUCCCUCCGCCGCGCGGCGGCCUUCGCGCUUCUCGCCGACUCCAAACUCGAGGCGGUUUCCCGCGCGCCGUGCCCCACCCCCACCUCUUCCCCACCCCAACCCCCAGCCCGGCUCACCUGCCGCCCGCGUCUCCAUGGCAACGCCCCCACCGAGGAGGAAAAAAAAGCCUCGGGUUCUUCCGGGCCUUCUCCCGUGCCGACCGAGAAAGCAAGGUGCCCCGCGGAUGCUUCGCUUUGUAUUUUUAUUUUUUUAAGAAAAGAGCCGGCGAGGUUAUGGCGAAUCUGCGGCAUCCAACAUGGCGGAUGGAGUCUUCGUCGUCCUCUUCGCGGGGCGCUGACGCCGGCGUAGCGGACGUCAGCCUAGGGUGACC